CUGAAAAUGGCAAUUACCAAUAUUCUCCUAAUUGUUGCUGCACUUGUUUUACCAACAAAUGCAAGGAGCCUUUCCAUGAAAGCUACAAAAGCCGAAGAUGAACAGAAGACGCUUUUUCGCCGCCCUUUACCGCCAUACCUUGGUCACGGGAUUGGUAGGCCCGGUUUUGGUGUAGGGCCGGGUUUUGGAAGCGGAGUUGGAGGUGGUUUUGGUAAUAAUCCUUUUGGAGGAAUAUCUAGUGGAAGUGGAUUAGGUUUUGGAGCUGGAACGGGUUUCGGGUCCAGCAUUGGUGGUGCCGGAGGUUUCGGGUCUGGUGUAGGUUUUGGUUUUGGUGACGAUGGAG